ACCUCUUUAAAAGGACCCAUCCACCUGCAACUUCCCGCCAUCACUUACAUAUACCAGCAACAACAAAGAUCUUACUUUUGAAUAUAGUACUUCUUAUCGGCUCGAUCUGUUGCCACAGGGCCUCGAGGGGUCUCCUCUACCUUGACAGAAACCUUCUGCUACAACAGCCUACUAUUCGAAUUACCUAGAUACGCACUACAUCCGUUAUUUGAACAAUGAGCCUGCGAUUUGCUUGUUCCCCAUCAACGACCCCACGACCGAGCGCUCUCAUCACGGCGGCAACGACCAUCAGCUAGGCCGUCUUCCAGAAAUUCCACCUACAUCAUCUACCAUGGCGCCGACUAAGUCACUUGCCGAGCUGUGCAUUGCUAUGUGCCAGAGACACAUCACAGAACUCAGCAGUGUAGGCAAUGGCGACGCCCUCCAAUACCACCAUGUCCGCGAAAUCCUCCUCAGAGUCACAAAUCCGGCUCAGCUCCGAGAGAUCGAGCUCAACUCCCCUUUUAUACAAGGCGAAACUUCCGAGCUCUGGCUGCGCCUGAUCAAGAAGGAAUUCCCAUCCGAAAGCCACGAAAAGAAUUACGCGCCCAAGAAUCCGUCGAAGUGGUACAAGAUAUACGAGCGAUACGCGGAGGAACGCCGUGAGGCUCAGCAACAGGCUGAGGCCGAACUUCUCGCCAGGGUCCAGGGGCUUCAGCAGAAGAAGGACAACAACGUCAGCAGAAUUGUAGACCCCAAGUUCGCCAGAUUCUUGCCCAAGCCGCCUAAGACCGGUCGCACCUUUUCAACGCAACCUCGAGGGAAGAGGGAGCUCCCGAGUUCCCUGAGCUGGGCCGCCGGAAGCAGGAUGAAGAUGACAACGGGCGCUAGCGUCAUGAAGAAAGCCCGUAGAGAGGCCAAGGAGAUUGUCGGCAUAAGAAGCACCAUGGCUGUUCCAACUGGUAUGAUCAGGGCCCCUCGAUUGAAACAGGCCCCGCCCUCGAUGGCUGCCGAGCACCGAAUCUCAAGCCAACCUGUCUUUCGGCCUACAUCCACCAGCAGCCGCCCACCCACACAUUCUACAUAUGUCACCCCACAGUCCAAAGCCACAUAUGUUUCCGAUUCAUCAGACGGCGAAGAUGAUGAUUUAUUCAGCGAUGAGGGAACGCCGAAGAAGAACAAGGGCGCAGCAUCUUCUUCUCGCCACAGUCGGGAUACGGCAGCUUCCUCUAGGCCUACAAACCCUGCCCAAUCCUCAGCAUUCAAGGAUCGUAACUCUUCUACAUCCGCCAGACCUGCCUCUAGUUCACAACCAUCGGGUUUGCGACGUGGGGGUGGUAUUCUCGGAAAUGCCGCUCGGCCCAAGAGCAAUAUCAGAGUCGAGCGCCCACCAACCAAACCCGAGCCAUCAUCCUCCACGAGUAUGGAUCAGUUCCGCACGCACAAAGUACUUGCUCAGAACAACGGCCCGCAAUCUCCUCCUUUGCCAGCGUCAUUGGACGAAGCGCAACAAGCUCGACCAAUCCUGGGCAAUCAGGAGCUGCCCAGAAAGAGAAAGGCUGUCGACAUUUUUAUGCCAAAAAAGAGGACUAGACGCUAAAGGACAGUAUAAUCUGGCAUUGCCAGAAUGAAGAAUCACGAGCAUUGUAACAUAAAAGGUCAUGGGGCGUCGGUACAGGGACAGGUCACAUAGCAUUGAAUUCAGGCGUCGGGUAGGAUGUAGGAUAUACCCUUUAGCUUCGUAUGGUCGUCCUGUUGAUCACGGCAGAGUGAAAUUAAACUCGUUUGAAGAAACAUGACG